CAGUCAAAAGACGUAAAAAUGUAGUUAACAUAUAAUUUCCAAUGUUUUGAUAAAGGCAUUAUGCCGAAACGUCAAUUAAAGGAGUAUAAUCAGAGAGAACGGCCGAAAUUUUUGACGAAUUAUAAGAACCCAUGCUACCUCGGGCGGAGGAUGACGAACAACGAGUCGCUGGUGGAGGGCAGAGCGCUGCACUGCCUCCCGUACUUCAUUGUGGCCGGCUUCCCAAAGUCGGGAACCACGGACCUUUGGGCGCGUCUGUUCAACCACGCCGAGAUCCACAUCAAACACGGGAAGGAACCGCGGUUCUUUAACAUUGGACGAUUUACUGCGCCGUUUGAGCGAGUGAUGGUGCAGUAUAUCCGGAUGUUCGCGAGGUCCACCAUUGAACUACAAACGCUUGUGGCGCCGCUCGACUGCGGACACGAGUUCCCCUAUCAUCAUGGCAUCACAGGCGAGGCGACUGUUGACGCCUCAUUCGACAUCAAGGACUGGCGACAGGUACCCGGAAAUGAGAACUGCAGCGAGCCGGCGUUCACAAAUGCAGACGUGGCUUACCACCUCAAUCCAAACAUGAAGAUAAUCUUCGUGGUCAGAAAUCCAGUUGACAGGGCUUACUCUGACUACAUAUACGAGGCCCGGUUCCUGCGCUAUCCCACUAACCCCCAACUCUUCCACGCCGCCGUCAUUGACGCCAUGCGCAACCACACGGACUGCUGGCGACACCACCACUCCGUCCGCGCAUGCGCCUAUAACAAUACCAUAGAGUCUAUGAAGGUUCGACUGCGCGUUGGUAUGUACCACAUCUUCAUCCAAGACUGGAUAGACGUGUUCUCCAGCGACAAUAUUCUUGUCAUCAAAGCCGAGGACACCAUGGGACCGCCUAAAAUUGCGGAUGUUUACAACAGAAUAUUCAGCUUCCUCUCUGUCCGACCGUUUACCCGGAUGGAGGAGAUGGAGGUGUUUCAGCGAGGACCCGUCAACGUCCGGUCCAAACAUGAGCGAAAUAUUGGCGAGAUGUUGCCGGAGACUAGGAAAAUGCUGGAGUCCUUCUACCGCCCCUUCAACGAAGCGCUACGAAAAUUAAUACCAGAAAUAGAUUAUAAUGCAAUCUGAUAGCUCACACAUAUUGUUUUUUUAUUUUAAAAUGUUCAUGUUUGCUCUUUUUAUCUCUGGUCUGUCCGAUCAAAACAUGAGCAAACUAUUUACUCCUUCUAUCUGCUCUUCAACGAAGCGCUGCGAAUAUUAAUACUAGAAAAGACAAUAAUGCAAACUGAUUGCUUGUAAUACUUUGUUAAUUUAAUUUAAUAUGUUAAUUUUUUCUCGUGUGUAUAUCUAAUCGUCCGAUCGAAAUAUGAGCAAACUGUGGAGAAUAUGUUACUGGAGACUUGGACAGGGUCGGAGUUCCUCUUGAGGCCUUUCAACGAAGGGCUAUGCAAAUUGAUGCUAUAAAUAAAUAAUAAUGCGAAUUUCCCACAAUAUAUUCUUGUUGUGAAUAUGCUAUUAUUUUUGCUCGUUUAUUGAGCUGGGUGUCCUUGAAUAUGGCCUUGUUCUAUAUGUCUUACAGUUUUGGCAAUGAAUUUAUUAAUAUGUAUAUUUUGUUACUGCGUGUGUUCUGAGAUACACUUAAAUGCAUAUAUGUAUCACCCGUUUAUAACCCAUGCUCCAUAUAGUCUAGAGUAACCGAAGAAAUAGCUAUGUUAUGUUUGUCUUUAUUUGUUAGAAAAUCUUAUAUUUAUUUUCGAUGUGCGUAUACACCUUGAUAAGCGCAUGAUGCAAGUCAGUUUGUCAUAUUGUU